GGCACUCGGUCUCGGAGGGAGAAGCGAUCGACCGCCGAGCGCAUCAAGGCCCGCGCAAAAAGGGCAUGGGGGCAGGCAGAUCCGGUAUGUGGAAGCCAUGGGUGCAGCCAGUACAGAGCAUCAGGUUCUUUGCCAGAUGAAAAGAAGGAAUUUCUGCAAGAUGGACCUGAUUUGCAAGACUUUGUAUCUGGGGAUUUUUCAGACAAGAGCAUGUGGGCUGAGUAUAAAGGCAAUCUGAAACGCCAGAAGGGAGAAAGGCUGCGACUUCCUCCAUGGCUAAAAACUGAGAUUCCCAUAGGAAAGAACUAUAAUAAACUGAAGAAUACACUAAGAAGUUUAAAUCUUCAUACAGUGUGCGAGGAAGCACGUUGUCCCAACAUUGGAGAGUGCUGGGGAGGGGGUGAGUAUGCUACUGCCACUGCCACUAUAAUGUUGAUGGGUGACACAUGUACAAGAGGUUGCAGAUUUUGUUCAGUAAAGACAGCAAAAAAUCCACCUCCAUUGGACCUUAAUGAACCCUACAAUACAGCAAAAGCUAUUGCUGAAUGGGGCUUGGAUUAUGUUGUAUUGACAUCUGUGGACAGAGAUGAUAUGCCUGAUGGUGGAGCAGAACACUUUGCAAAAACUGUAUUACAUUUGAAGGAAAGGAAUUCAAAAAUUCUAGUAGAAUGUUUAACCCCUGAUUUUCGAGGGGACCUUAAAGCAGUGGAGAAAGUUGCCUUAUCUGGACUAGAUGUAUACGCCCAUAAUGUGGAAACUGUUUCAGAGUUACAGAGGAAAGUACGUGAUCCUCGGGCCAAUUUUGAGCAAUCCCUCCAAGUUCUGAAGCAUGCUAAGAAGGUCCAACCUGAUAUAAUUUCUAAAACAUCUAUUAUGCUGGGCCUAGGCGAGACAGAUGAACAAAUAUAUUCAACAAUGAAAUUAUUACGUGAGGCAGCGGUGGAUUGUUUGACCUUAGGACAAUACAUGCAACCAACAAAACGCCAUCUAAAGGUUGAGGAAUAUGUUACUCCUGAAAAGUUUAAACACUGGGAAAAAGUGGGAAAUGAGCUCGGAUUUCAUUACACAGCUAGUGGGCCUCUAGUGCGCUCUUCCUAUAAAGCAGGUGAAUUUUUCUUGAAGAACUUAGUAUUAAAAAGGAAGACAAAGAUCAUCUGAAGGUGGAAAUGGACCUACUUUAAGGCACCUACAUAUUGGAAUAUUCUCUUUUCCAUAAGUUCAAUUAAUUCCAGAAAUAUAGCAUCCCACAUUGUGGAAUAAUGAAUGAAUUUAAUAUUUCUGUAACUCUACUCCCUUAGUAAAACAAGUGACUUUAAUUCAUCUAGUAGUUUGUUUCCAUAAAAUGAUAGCUUUGGAAUGUAUCAAAACAGAUUCAGGUUUGAUGAGCAGAGGAACAAUGAGAGGGGAAAAUAGAGAAAUGGCUUGUCAAUGUAAAAUAAAACUGAUUGUGAAAUCAGGAAGAGUGUAUUAAAUUAAAGAAAGAAAAUCUU